AUGCCCGGUUGCGCCCUUGUAACCGGCUGUAGCGCCGGCGGAAUCGGCUCGGCUCUGGUGGAAGAACUGCACGCCCAAGGGCUGAGAGUCUAUGCUACUGCUCGCUCCCCAGCCAAGAUGGAGCAUCUUGCUAAACUUCCAAAUGUUACCCUCGUGGCUCUCGACGUUGUCGAUCCGAUCAGCCUUGCCGCUGCUGUCAACACCGUUCGACAGGAUUUGUCUUCCCAUGGUGAUACCCUUGACAUCCUCGUCAAUAACGCCGGCCAAUCCCUUGUUUACCCCGCGCUAGACACCUCUAUUGACAAGGCCAAGUGUCUGUUCGAUGUGAAUUUCUGGGGCGUCCUCGCCGUCACCCAGGCUUUCAUGCCCCUGCUGCUGGUCCCCGACAAGAGCAGCACUCUUGUGAACGUCUGCUCUAUUUCAGGCUUCUUGUACGCCCCUUGGAUGAGUGUUUACAACGCCUCAAAGGCUGCUCUAAUGUCUUGGAGCGAGACCCUUCGGUUGGAGCUACAGCCCUACAACGUUCGAGUUAUCUCUCUUGUCACCGGCACCGUCGCCACAAAUGUUAUGUCACACACCACCCUGACCCUGCCCAAGAGCUCACUCUACCACAAGGCGCUUCCGGAGAUUCAAAUACGCGGUGCCGGGAAGGAUGUCUUAAGCAAGAGCGCACCCGACGAUUUUGCUCGCCAGGUUGUGCAGGAUAUCCUGGCCGGAGCCUCAGGUCCCGUAUGGCGCGGAGCUAUGGCUUCCAUGGUGAAGGUCGUUUCCAAAUACAUACCGACGGGUAUUUUGGACCGAGCAAUGAAGCGAGGAACUGGCCUGGACAAGCUACCUUGA